GCCAGAGGACGCGCAUGCGGUUGCUCAAACGCGCCCUGCUGACGAGUGGCCACCGCGUUCGCGAGUUUACUUCGUAGCAGAUGGUUUUGAGGAUGACGAGGGGUCGGAGGAAGAAAGCCGUUCAUCGAAAGGUGGCCAGUCAGCGUCCCAACGACAAACGACGGACACUAGUGGAGCAUCAAGAAUUGUGACGAGCUCUGGGGAUGCUCUACUGGAGAAUUCAGAUCAAGACCCAGAAGCAGAACUUCUAGAGCGUCGUGCGCGGCAGAUGAGUGCGCUUUCGCGCCAGAGGAUACCGCGUCUCAAAUCGCAUGACCCCCUGUCGUUUUCCCCAGGACAAGACGAAGCAGCGCUUUCUCCAAUGGCGCCACCCGCCAGACCCGUCAAACCCGCCAAGGAAGCGCGUGGUCUUCAAGCCACCAGCGCGUCCAGUGCGGCUACAACGGCGAGUAAGUUGUCCUCGGGAACCCUGCAGCUUGCCGGGCUACCCAAGGACGGCAAAAUGUAUGCGCUAAAAUUUGUGGCGCGUGCAAUGAAAAAGUCGGAAGUGCAGUCCAACUUCUACCUGGAUCGCGACGUGGUUAACGCCCUCGCGGGUCCGGUGGAUGUCAUCUACCCUACGGCUGCCUUCGAGGAUGCUAAACUAGAGGUCGACCAAUUUCCUCAAGAAGUGGUGUCUGUAGUACCUCCAGUUUUGUUGCAGUCGCGCACGGAGUUCAAGCCAUGCACUCAGCAGGUGCCUGGACUCGCCGCAAACUUGCUUUUAUGAGACAGCUUUUGUAGGUUAAGUAUAAUGCUAUUGAAAGAAAGGCUACCUAAAAGUCGCAAUCUGGUGCAGAGUCUAAAGAUUAUAUAUGAGGCCUUUUCGUUACUAUUUGCAACAUCACUCCUUAGCCUUACACGCCUCAGAAGUCUUCUUUCAUAUUGCGGAUACUUCGAGUCGCAG